AUGACGUACCACGCCCUGCAGCCGCCGGGGACGGGCGGAGCGGAGGGGCCAAGGUGGGCGGUGGGCGCCGCGCGCUCGACGGCGGGCCAUGCGCUUGGGCCGUAUGAGAAGGCGGGCGACGGCCCGGUCCUGUGCGGCGGAGGCCCGGGCUCGUGGGACGAGAGCGGGAUUGGCACGCGCCACGUGGUCCACGCACCGGACGGCCAGGGUGGGCUGGUGAUGGUGUACGAGGGCGUGGGCGGCGACGGACGCCAUCGCCUCGGCCUCGCCACCUCCGUCGACGGCCUGGCCUGGACCAAGGUCGAGGGCGUCGGUCCCGAGCCCGGCGGCCCGAUUUUCGAAGGGGCGCCCAAGGAGAGCGACGGGCGUGGGAUAACGGGAACGCUCUACUAUGUCGGCACGUCUGACAAGGGACGCUCGGUGGCCAUCGGCUGUGCUGAGUCGGAUGAGCUCCUCUCGUCCACGUGGGAGCGGGUGAAGGCCACGAGCUGA